AUGAAAAGUCCUCAACUUCAGUACCAAAAGCAAAGCAAAAUCACUGACAAUGAGUCCGAUUCACUGCCCAUACCAUGGAUUGCCGCCAUUAUUAUCAAUGCAAUUCUUGUCUUCCUUUUCAUCCUUUUUGUCGUUUACUGUUAUUGGAAAAGCAAAAAACGACGACAAAGAAUUCGCAAUCCGGAUAAAGAAUCCUUGUUUUCGGGCAAAUCAUCCAAACAUAGCGUACAAGAGGUGCAGAAGAAUGUGAUCGACAGUAAGACUGAGGCGACGAAAGAGAAUAUUUUUAAUAUAGAGAGUGAACACAAAAGACUUACCGAAAGUGAUAUUAACGAAGAGUCUGUCGACGAGUCGGUCGACAAUACAAGGAAAACAUCGAUAAAGUCUCCGAUGACUAAAGUUCAAAGCAUUACCCGACUGUCCGGUGGCGGCCGCGGAAGUGUUCACGAGAUUAAUGGUAAUCAAUACAAUCCGACAGACAGUCCAUCGGUAUCUAAAUUUACCGAUAAGUUGAAUGAUUCGGUUCCAAAUCAACCGCAAUAUAAAGCCAAACACGAAGAACAGGACAAUCAUAUGUUGGAAACAGUGACCGAAAUCGAUGAACAUUCAGAUUAUGAUAGAAAAAGUUUAGAGCAAAAGCAUAGCAAACACAGCAGUCCUUCAAAGUCCCGAAAAUCAAGUCCUACACAUCAAAUGCCUUCUUCUAACGCUUCCAUAACCACCGCAUCGAAUGUUAUGACAAAAGUCAAAGGUUUAGGUCAUUCAUCGCCGAAAGGUGUGUCACCCGAACGACAGGUCCGAAGUCCGGGUUCUCCACAAUCUUCGUCUCAUUCAACGGCUGUUCAGACGUCUCCCAGCAAAGAGAGUUGGGCUAACAUUCCCGGAGCUAUUAUCGAUGAUAACGACCGGUAUUUCGAUGAAAGAGACGUGAAUCCGUUCACCAAAAAGGAGUGCAUCGGAAGGAUAACACUGCCGGCGAGACAGCGGAUGACUUUAGAGCAGUUGAGAAAUUAUUUGCUUCAGUCUAACGACGAGACCAUUAGAAACUGUGCGAAACGUAAAUUCAAAUUCUUGUCGGAAUCGUAUCGUUUGGUAGUAAUGGACGAGUCAUUUACACCCGUCGAUCAGAUCUAUCAAACGCAGGGUAUAUUCAUUAAGUUCAACGCCGGCACCGAAUCCGUCCCUUUCGGCUACAGAAGUCAAAAUAAGAUUAGAGCCGCCAAUAGGUUCGCCACCGGAAACAACGAUAACGAUAAUAAUCGACUUCAAGUGAACACCAUUUCUCGGGCUAAUACAAGAACUUCACAAAAAUCGGACAGUAUUUACGGCUCAACUCCCAAAAGUGUUGCGAGAAAAUCCAGUAUUUAUGGAUCAAGUUAUGGAAGUACUCCAAGAAAUAAUCCGAACGCAAGUGUUUACGGCUCGACAGCGAAAAGCAGCGAUAAAACGAGAUUUGGUUUCCAAAGGAAUGCAAACCAAUACGAAGAGAGAAGUUAUGCGAUGGAUAGGACGCCGAGAAGAAGGGAUGAUAAUAGAGUUCGAAACUGUGCGAAACGUAAAUUCAAAUUCUUGUCGGAAUCGUAUCGUUUGGUAGUAAUGGACGAGUCAUUUACACCCGUCGAUCAGAUCUAUCAAACGCAGGGUAUAUUCAUUAAGUUCAACGCCGGCACAGAAUCCGUCCCUUUCGGCUACAGAAGUCAAAAUAAGAUCAGAGCCGCCAAUAGGUUCGCCACCGGAAACAACGAUAACGAUAAUAAUCGACUUCAAGUAAACACCAUUUCUCGGGCUAAUACAAGAACUUCACAAAAAUCAGACAGUAUUUACGGCUCAACUCCCAAAAGUGUUGCGAGAAAAUCCAGUAUUUAUGGAUCAAGUUAUGGAAGUACUCCAAGAAAUAAUCCAAACGCAAGUGUUUACGGCUCGACAGCGAAGAGCAGCGAUAAAACGAGAUUUGGUUUCCAAAGGAAUGCAAACCAAUACGAAGAGAGAAGUUAUGCGAUGGAUAGGACGCCGAGAAGAAGGGAUGAUAAUAGAGGUAAUGGUAUGGGUUAUAGUUCGAGUCGAAACAAUUUGAUAGCUUCUCCUCUAUCUUUGACUCCAACCCCAAUGGUGUCCCCACUUGUGUCCCCCCGAACCCGAAUCAGACUCUGUCGCAAACUACAGCUCCAAUCGCAGGUCCAAAGCGGCCAAUUGGAAGAAAUGCCAAAUUUUUUUACUUUAUACAUUAAACUAACAACGAGCCUUGACUCUCUGUGCGAUAACCCGGGUUGUAAUAACCAACCUUUGCUCAAAUGUUACGUCUGUUCAAAAGUCAAGUAUUGUAGUCUUGAUUGUAAGAAAGAGCACUCGAGAGAACACCGAUUCAUCUGUAAA